GCAGAGACCAUGUACCAGGGAGUCGUAAAAUAGUAUUUUACGACUCCCUGGCAGAGACUACAAUCUACAUGGACAGAAUAUUAUUGUUUGUCAUCAUCAUCUUCUUCACGUAGUCGAGUCAAAAAUGCAUCCCUUCAACUUACUAAUGACAGCGGAUAGAAGAUGCGAACAUGUUCCUCGGCGUAGUGUAUUCCUGUUAGUAAUUCCUGUACGUGCUGUGGCGAAGUUUGGACAACGUGCAGAGUGAAAUUCUCUAUCUCUAAAUCCGAGUGUCGGUUGCUGACGUCGGUGUUACACGUAAAUACACCGGGAUGGCGAGUACUCAGGUACACAUGAAGGCCUACCGGUUCCUGUCAAAUAGCAUUGACUAUCUUCACACCGAUGGCGACAAGAUCAGUUCAGCAGAUGUAACUGGACGGAGCCCACACGUCUUCGCCUGCAUUCUUGCCAAGGAAUUUGGCACAGUCUUGGCCGAGGCGGAGUACAAGAGCAGUACGCACGAUGCAGUGGUCUCGCCCAUGGCUUGCAUUUUACCCUCGCUGGCUGUUCAGGACAAGAUGGAUGUGUUCUUUGGACACGCUCGGCAACUGGCCAUGAACGGCAGUGUCCAUACGCAGAUGCUUGUCGAAAAGAUCUGUCUUCAGCUUCACGGCCAGUACAGCCUGUACACGGUGUGGUUCAUCUGUCACUAUGGCCUUGCACAACUGCAGACCUUGCUCGGUGGUGAUGCAUUGGAGCUACCUGUGCUGACUGAUCAACUGCUAUGGCUAAACCAGCACCUCCAGGCCUGUCGCUUCACUUGUGCCACGUCGAAAGCAAUCAUGCAAGACAUGCUGGUUUGGUUACUGGAUGUAGCAGCUGUGCCUGGUACUGCCGGUGCUGAGGUUGCAACAUCUCUGCUGGAUCUCCUUACUGAUGAAUGCUGGUGCCAUCUUUCACGGGAUCCAUGUCCCGGCUCAGUUCAGAGGCUAGAUACUAUAGUGUGCCUUGCAAGACCACCGGGACCUACACAAGGAAUGGUUGGUCGAAAACAUUGUUCUGCAGGUACUGUAUCAAUGCUCACUCAAUUGAGCGACAAGGAUGUCGAUUGCGAUGUGCGGAAGAAGCUGUGUGUACGAUGCCUGAAGCGAUUCAUAGCCACAACUCCGCUGCAAGACGGUGUCUGCAUGUUUGCUUUUCACCAUGAUGCCUCGUUGGCAAAGACUCCAGAAAAGGUUUCAACUUUCAUUCGAGAGCUAUUGGUUCCACUUACCUCUGAGGAGAUCCUUGCCUUCCUUCUGGCACAAUGUGAUUCUAUUGAUGCGAUGGCGCACUGGCUUGGUAUACUCUCCUGCGUCAGCGUAGCGUUAGCGUACAAGACGGGCUUCUCUGCUCAGCUGCAAGACGUGUGUGGAAAGAACAUAGCUAGCAGCCUGCACCAGUUUAACGCGGGCAUGUUUCACUGGACCAUGUUGCUGGCUCGGCAUGCUGGCUUGGCUGGAGCAGACAUCUUCCCUAUCUACAGCGAGUGGUUUCGGCUACACCUUUCUGGCGCUGUCAAUCCAUUGCCCAGUACACAGCGUGGCAUGCAGUUCUUCUUCCAAGCACUUUCCAGCAUCGUACCACACGAGUCACUGGAUGCGAUCAAGGUUCACACUGCUGGGGUUCAAGUUGAAGGGAAGUUCCGACAGCUCUACUUUGACUUCAUCCAACUGUGCAAAACUCGUCGCAAUGAUCUACUGGCAAAGGAAGCAGAAGAGUCCCAUGUCUCUGGUACUCUUUCCAGCCAUCAAGCUAGGUUAGCCGAAGACAUUGAAGAUGCGAUUCACGUGUUUGCCACAUCCGGACAAGUGUCCAAGAAAGUAUUGAAAUCAAGUGUAUUUGAACGGCCGUAUUACAAAGGGCAAUUCUUACCAGCACUGUUGGCUCCUAAAUCGUUGGAGGAGAUGUCCACUGCCCGUGAAGCGUUCAUCUCCAAGCUUGUUAGUAUUGGAAAGGCCCAGCCGAAUUCUCUAGCCCUGUACCAGUCAGAGUGUCAGAACCUGGUGAAGAAAGAAGUGACGUCUAUUGACAAGCUGUCUGUUGAGGAGCUGCUGGCAAAGCUGUCCAAUACUCUCUGCUCUGCGGAUAUCGCUUCAAGCUACCAGCAGCUUUCAGAUGUCAUACAGUGCCUGUCUGUUAAGCUGACACCAGCCAAAUUUGACCACAUUCCCGCAUUGUCUUUGAACACGUCCAAGCCAAACCUGUGCAGACCUUCCAUAGAAGUUAUUGAUCAUUUUCUUUGGACUCUGGGUAGAGCCUUGGAUGCAAGUGACCGGUUCCCACCUUCACAAACUGUUGUGCAGACUUCGGUGAGGCUCUUCAGCCUGCUGGCACGUUCGCGCUACUUCCAGUUCGUUAUCUACAUCCGUCUUUGGGACAUUGUGGAAUACCAGGUGGAUGGUGCGGCCUUGCCCUUGCUGAGGUGCUUUGCCCUCUGCCUGCACUGCAUGCAGCAACAAGGCAGUGCCUGGCUCCGUGUUGGUGCGUACCUGUGCGCUUCACACCGGCCACGCCAAGUGCAAUUCUGUCAGCAGCGAGGUGGAUGCUUCGACCAGCUGCCAAGUAUGUCAGUGGAGUUGCUGGAGGUGCUGCUGCGCAAGUCCUCAGCUGACAAUGCCCAGCCAAGUCUGAGCAAGAAUAUUCUGUGUGUUGUACAGCUGCUGCAUCAACUCCAGCAUGUACACGCUUCGUCUAUGUCCAGUUCCCAUCAGCAAGCUCUUCUGGUAGAGGGUAAUUGAGAUAGUGCUGUGAAUAAUACUCUCUCUAGCAGAACAAGGAGAGUAAGCAUCAAUAUUAUGAUCGAAUAAGUUUUUUAUUGAAGCACUUGAACCGUACUCAUGUUUGACUCUUGUGGUAUUCUGCUGCAGAACCUUUAGCCUAACAACAUAAAUGCAUACACGCUGGUGUAUCUCUCUGUGAAAACAGACUUCUUGUUGUCACUCUACGUAUGUUCCAUGAAUCAGUAGACCAGUGGUAUGGUUACCUGCUAUGCAAAGUGACCAUAUCACUUAUCAGUUGCUCAUGCAGUGCCAGUGA